AUGAGCUUGGAGGAGUCUCUCAAGUCUCUGUCGCUGGACUACCUCAACCUGCUCAUCAAUGGGCAGGCCUUCAGUGACGUCACCUUCAGCGUCGAGGGCCGGCUUGUCCACGCCCAUCGCUGCAUCCUCGCCGCCCGCUCUCUCUUCUUCCGCAAGUUCUUCUGCGGCGCUGAGCCGCCGCCGCAUGGCGGCACGGGCCUCUUUCUUGAUCAGGGUCACAACCACCACCGCGGCCCCUUGUCGCCGUCCUCGUCUUCAGCCUCCUCUCCGAGGGGCAGCGGUGGGAUGGGGAAUUCGCCAGUUGUACCGGUAAACUCAGUGGGGUACGAGGUGUUCCUGCUGCUAUUGCAGUUUCUGUACAGUGGACAGGUGUCGAUUGUGCCGCAGAAGCACGAAGCUCGCCCCAAUUGCAGCGAGAGGGGGUGCUGGCAUACCCAUUGCACCUCCGCCGUCGACCUCGCCCUCGACACCCUCGCCGCCGCCCGCUCGUUUGGGAUAGAACAACUGGCACUCCUUACGCAGGUCUCACGCUCUCUCUCCUUUCCCCCUCUCUUAUCACUUCUAAUCUUCUCCUCCUUCCUCAUUCCAUGCUUAUUCUUAGCUUCACUUCAUGUCCAUUUAUGAUCUAUAUUAUUGAUUCUCGUCCACAUACUGUCGAGAAUUUUCCCACUUUUUCAUGUGGGUUAUUACCUAAAUUGGGCUUUCUAGUGCAUCAGAUAUGGCGUGUUCUUUUCCGCCGUCAUCCAUUUCGUCCUUCAUGAGCUUGACUUUUGAAUCCUUUCGUCAAGAAUCCUCCUCCGUCUCUCUCUCUCUCACUCACUCUCGUACGACCUCGACGAAAGACUUCCGCCAUCGACUGUUUGCUUUCGCCUGGUUCUUCUUUAUCCAGAAACGACCCCUCCGGUGUUUGCAUCGGCAGCCCCUUCUCAGUGAUGGACUUUCUUCGACAAACACUUCAAAACCGUACACUGGUGUAAGCCUACUCUUAUUUCUCCCGCGAUAUCUUUUCGCUACAUAGGUGAAAAUUUGUCAAUCCUCAUUGACCUUGUUCAUCAUUUUCUGUUGCCCCUUUCCUCAACGUCCUCCUUUCUCCUCUCCUCUCCUAUCACACAAACUCCGACAACUCUCUCUCUCUCUCUCUCUGUGUAUCAACUCAUUAUCAGACCUUCAAACUGGAUCUUACAUUUUAUGCGAGCAUCUGAUUUAGGAAACGUAUUUACAGAAGCAGCUGGCUAGCAUGGUGGAGAAGGCGUCGAUAGAGGAUGUGAUGAAGGUUCUGAUGGCGUCGCGGAAGCAGGACAUGCACCAGUUAUGGAGUACCUGCUCCCACCUCGUUGCCAAGUCGGGUCUUCCCCCGGACGUCCUCGCCAAGCACCUUCCCAUCGACGUGGUGGCCAAGCUCGAGGAGCUCCGCCUCAAGUCCUCGCUAGUCCGGCGCUCCUCCUUCAUGCAGCCGCAGCACCACCAUCAGCACCAGCUCCACCCUUCUCUCGACAUCUCCGGCAGCGCCUCGGCCGAAAUGGAGGAGCACCAGAAGAUACGCCGCAUGCGUCGCGCCCUCGACUCGUCAGAUGUGGAGUUGGUCAAGUUGAUGGUCAUGGGGGAGGGGCUGAACCUCGACGCCGCACUUGCUCUACACUACGCCGUCGAGAACUGCAGCCGGGAGGUGGUCAAGGCCCUGCUGGAACUCGGCGCUGCCGACGUCAACUACCCCGCAGGCCCCGCCGGCAAGACCCCUCUCCACGUUGCUGCCGAGAUGGUCUCCCCUGAUAUGGUGGCGGUGCUCCUCGACCAUCACGCCGACCCCAAUAUCCGCACCAUCGACGGCGUUACCCCGCUCGACGUUCUCCGCAACCUGACCUCCGACUUCCUCUUUAAGGGUGCUGUUCCUGGGCUCGCACACAUCGAGCCCAAUAAACUCAGGCUCUGCCUCGAGUUGGUUCAGUCGGCGGCUCUCGUCCUCUCAAGGGAGGAAGCCGGCGGCGGCGGGACAAACCUAAAUGCAGGAAUCUAUCCUCCGGCAGUCGGCGGCGGAGAGCCCAGCAGCAGCAGCAACAACAGCAGUAGCAGUAACAUGGUCAACCUGAACUUGGAUUCAAGAAUGGUCUACUUAAACCUUGGUAUGGCGGCUGCGGCUCAGCUAGGGUGCAAGAUUCACGACGGUGGUGAGGACGGCGGGGGGAAUAGGUCCCAAGGCGGCGGCGGGAUCGGGUCAUCCUCCAUUUACUCCCAUGGCUUCCCCUAG